CGCCCGCCCCCGGCCGCGCCACCGCCCUUCCUGUCAUGGCCGCGGCCGGGCAGCGGCGGCUCGGCGGGGCGGCGCGGGCCGGCGCCUUCGGCUGCUGAGCGCCCGCGGGCGGCGCGGAGCGGAGCGGGACGGCCCCAGCCCGGAGCCGGCGGCAGGAGAUACCAGCGAAGUACCUGCUGUCCACCACUUUCUUCAUUUCACCUCCCCUUGGGGUCAGCUGGUCGUCAGCAUGCCUUCAACCAAGAACACCUCAAAACUUUUCCUGGUCCUCGUGUCACUGCUGCUGGUGCUGCCGGCAGUGGAAGCCCUGGACGCAGGAGACACCAUUGCCUUCCUCCUGGGCCUGGCUGUCAGUGUGGUCGGGUUCUGCGCCUGCCUCGGCCUCUAUGCAAGGAGACGGAACGGGCUGCAGUGACUUCAGGAAAACGCUCACAUGAAGUGGAUUUCUGAACACAGCUUGGGGUUGGGUGUAAGAUGAGCUUUGGUUCUGGAUAACUUUCAAAAAAUAUGUAGUAGAUAUUUCUGCAAACCCCUCUUACUGUUCAGUCAGUAGAGUCAAGAUAGUACCCAGUGAAAGGGAUUUGUACAUCUAUCCUCAUUACAAAAAGAUGAUUUUAUAUUGUCUGUGAUUAAAUAUUGCCUUAGAGAACGGUAAAAACUUUUUGAAUGGGGAAGUAAAACUCUAGAGUGGCUCACGGUAAGAGUUUAUAAAUUUAUAAAUGGCAUGUGAGGGAGGCCAUCAACAAGUUCUAUAAUUUUGGUUUCAAUGUUUAAUCAGGAGGAAGCAGCUAUUAAACUUCCAGUCAAGAUGACAAGAGUUUUGAAAUUAGUCCUAACUGGAUAGCUAGUGAGCAGACUGCUCUAACGUGUGUGCUCACAUUCUCUAUGUAAUGACAGUUAACACCUAACAGCUCGCUUCUGCUGCCACAUGGAUGAGACUUAAGAGAACUAAGGCAACAUGAAAGGCUUUUUUUUUCUUUUAGAGUAUUUUUAGAGUAUUUUUAUUUUACAAUAUGCCAAUCCUGUAGCCUGUAUUCUUAUUACCAAGUAGGUAAACCUAAGAAUGAGAUCACCAUUUUUAUUUGACAUCUAUUUCACAGAAAAGUGCAUGUAAGGCUAGAUAAAUCAGAUUAGGGAUGUGGGCUUUGUCUCUUGUUUAUUUUUGUACUCAGCUUUUUUCUAGGCACACCGGGUUUAAGACUUAGUUCAUUUGGUGUUUGUACUUUUUUUCUUCAAAACUGAAGACUUAAUUAUUUUGAUGAGGAAUUCUGUGUAUUUCUGCAUUAGAAGAUUACUAGAAUUAUAAUAAGACCAUUGUGCACAAGUGUUUUUUUUACAAUGUAGAAAGAACUUGUUAAAAUCCUGGGUUUAGUCAAUUAGUCCAUUGUUCUUGAGUGUAUUCCUUGUGACAAACCUAUGUUGCUAGCUAAACAUUUAGGCUUCUCUAACUGAUGCAUAUGAUUUCCACAGAAGAUUAGGACCAAAACCAAAGUAAAAUAUCCUGCUGCUAAAUGGGAGAUGUAAAUAGUCUUACUCUGUUCAUGCUCAGUCAGAUUGCGUGGUAUAUGGUUGAAAGACAGUAGUGUGUCCAGGAUCUUUGUCUUUUAAGUACCAAAGGUGAAAUGGUUCAGCCAACAAUGUCUGCCACAAGUCUCUCUAACUUGUUAGGGUGUUCUAGCUUGAGCCAAGGAGCACAAUCUGUAACAGCAGCAGAAUAAGGAGCAUAGGAAGAUGAGCUCUCCGCAGUUCACAGAAUUUCCUUCUGAUCUUGUGCUGUGGACACUGCCACUCUUUGCUAGAAAUCUUGGCUUUUAUCUUUCAGAGUUACCUAUUUUGAUACUAUUCUUCCACUUCCUCUGUGUCUCUGUUCAGUAGAGCAUAAAGCAGUGGCUAUGGGCAGGUCUUACAUAAGUAAUUGUGUGGGCAGAUCAUGUUCUCCAGAUCCUGAUUUCUGCAUGCCAUUUUUGGCAGAAAGGGACACAAUGCACAAUUACUAUGUACAAAAGAAAUUUACAGCCCUAAGAGGAGCUUCAGACAGAAGUAUCAUCUUUGAAAGCUGCCUAGCAGCAGUAGAUGAUCCUGUACAUGAUAAUUCAACUGGGUGGGUGCAAGCAGAGAUCGAAAUGUGAUCUUUGAUAUUCCAGCUUAGCUAAACAAAAAAAAAAAAAAAAGCAAACAAAAGAAAAAUACCCAAUAAAACACCCCACAAAAUUUCCACUCAAUUCACUUGAUAGUUCCCAAAGUUUAAAAAUUCUGUAAAAAUGUUUUCAGUAAAAUAUUAAGCGUUGCUCUUUCAAUAGAAUACAUUUUAACUCAAGCAGUUUUUUACAGACUCCUUUAUCUACACCCUGGGAAUGAUCCCUGGCAAGUUUCACAGAAUUGGGCAACAGUUUCACUGCAGGAGAACAAAAUUUUAACAGAGUUAAUUAUCUUCAGGCAAUAGGGAUAUGAGAAAUUGUAUUAUUUGCCCAAAGCUGUAUGUACUUCAUUGAAAGGUGUUUGCACAGCAUAAUGGCUUUGUUUCCUGGGUUCUGAUAGAAGCUUUAUUGUUAGACUUGAAUUUAUCAAUUACCUGAGUGUAAAAUCAGAUACCCCUGUUCUUCCUCUGUCUUAAUAAACUUUGGCAUAUGAUUUGUCAUCAGCUUGAUGAAGUAAUUCUUAUGAAA